AUGGCCUGGUCGACACAAAGAAAACAUGGAGAGAAAAAUAAGAACAUAGAAAACCACAAAAAGUUUAAACCCGGUGAAAAGAAAAAAGGUGGGAAAAAGGAAGAGAACAAAGAAGAUAAAACAAAUAAAAAGCCCGAGAAGAUAGGGAGCAAAGCAGGGAAUAAAGAAGAAAAGAAAGAUUCCCUUGCAAAUGUUCCGCUAAAAACUGAUUCUAAACUGUCAAAGGGACGCGUUUCAUUUCUGUUUGUUAAUAAAUUAUUUUCGGAUACGAACUUAUCUAAACACAUAGAAGUAGUUAAAGAUUUAGAUGCAACAGAGGCGAAGAAAAAGUACGAUUUAUCGUCUGUUAAGGGCAAAAUUUUAGAGAAAAUGAUCAAUGACUAUAAACAUACCGUAUCACUCACCGGCCUAAUAGAUGAGCCUAAUAGAUCCACAAGUUUGAUAACCAAAACUACAGGAUUAAACCCAGAAGAAGUGAAAAAAAAACUUGCUUUAAGUAAAAACGAAGGAAAGAUAUUUGAUCAAUUUUUGGACGAGCAAAACUUGAAAACUAAGAAGGGUGAAAUAGAUAAAGAGAAGGUACAAAAAUUAUUGAAGAAACAUAAAAAACGAAACGGGUCAAUGGAUCUUAGUGAUGUCGAUUUAGAGGAUGUUAAAAAGAUGUUAUCGAAUCGUAGCUUCAAAGACGAGCAGAUAGAUGACCUAAUGGAAGAUUGGGCUCGACCUGGGAAAAGAAAAAAGGAUGUGCAGAUAGAUGACCUAAUGGAAGAUUGGGCUCGACCGGGAAAAAGAAAAUAA